ACCAGGCCUGGUAACUCACUGAGAGACAAGCUUUGGGGACAAGGCAUCGGCGACCUGCCUUUUUGUGUGACUCUGAUAUUUUUUUCCCCCCCUGCUGCGGCGACAGAGAAGAGAAGCUUUAGAGAAUGGCAUCGACUGGGCUGCAGAUGUUGGGCAUGGUCCUGGGCAUCAUCGGGUGGAUCGGCGCCAUCAUAACGUGCGCCGUCCCCAUGUGGAAGGUGUCGGCUUUCAUCGGCAACAACAUCGUUACGGCCCAGAUAAUCUGGGAGGGCAUCUGGAUGAAUUGCGUGGUCCAGAGCACCGGGCAGAUGCAGUGCAAGGUCUACGACUCCAUGCUGGCGCUACCCCAGGACCUGCAGGCCGCCCGCGCCCUCAUCGUCAUCGCUAUCGUGAUCGGAAUCCUAGGCAUGCUGUUGGCCAUUGCCGGUGGAAAGUGCACCAACUGCGUGGAGGAAGAGUCUUCCAAGGCAAAGGUGGCCAUCGGUGGCGGCGUGAUCUUCAUCAUCGCUGGAGUCCUCUGCCUCAUCCCGGCGUGCUGGGCGGCUCACACCAUCAUCCAGGACUUCUACAACCCUCUGGUGGUCGCCGCGCAGAAGAGGGAGAUCGGCGCUUCGAUCUACAUCGGCUGGGCUGCUGCCGCCCUCAUGAUCAUCGGAGGAGGCCUUCUCUGCUGUGGAUGUCCUCCCAAGGAGAAGAGCGCCUACGCUGCCAAGUACAGCGCUGCCAGGUCGACAGCUUCGGGGGCCAAGGAAUUUGUUUGAGGGGAUGACGGCUGGAUUCUAUGCCUUUUCGACACGGCCUCCUUUGGACUCCAUUGAUCACGUAUGUUUGCCUCGACCAAAGGAUCAUUCCAGAGCCUUAAAAUAAAAUGGGACUGUAAGAAUGGACUGUCAGAGAGAUAUCUACUGGUUACAUUCCAUAUUAAUUACAACAAGGGUGUGAUACUUUGUGUAUGUGUGCCCUGACUGGGGCGGUGACUGAUGUUGUGUUUCAAUAACUAAGCAAAUCUUAAGCUGCACAGAGUUUUAUGUGCAACUGACUUCUUUACUGUAUAUAGUUUUGUAAUUUUUAACCCUGGAAUGCCUUUAUACUGAGAAAAUGUUUACAUGUUUGUAAAACACCCAAAACGGCUUGACUUGAUGUCAUAAUAUUGAUCUUUUUUUUACAUUCUUCAAGCAUUUAUUGGUUGGUUAAGUGGCAAUAAAUGUAAAUAAAUGUUUUUUUUCUAAAAUACAUAUUUCACGUCUAUAUUUGUGAUGCAUCCAUUGUAAAUCUAUCUGUAACAGCAGAAAGGUAGGUCUCGAAUGUUUUUCUAAAAUAUGACUGAUCCAACAAAGAAUGGAAACAAAGAUUAUUGUUUCACAGCAAUUGCAUGGACAUUAAAAACACUGCUUGUUGAAAGCAUGAAAAGUAUGAAAAUACAUCGAAAGACAUCAGAAGCAUGUAUCUCAAAUUCCCACCUGAUUGUCACAUAAUGAGCUCAUUUUACAAACCAUGGGUGUCAAGUUACCAACCCCUUUCUGCUUAAAAAGACCGAUACGAUCAGCGGCAUCGGCAGCAGAAGUUUCAAGGGUUUCCGUGAAUGAUGGGAGUUGUCCACUCCCAGGGCGGAGCCUCCAAAAGUCGGGUUCAGGUGAACGAAACAGUGUCUCAUUUCUCAGUGUCUUGUCAGAAGUAUGAAUGCUUAAAAAAGUGUUGGUAUUUUGCACAACUGUUGUCAGUCUCUUCUUUACAUCACCCCUUUCUUUGAGCUUUGGUGAAGGAUCACCAGGAUUCAGUCAGAAAUGCCGUGAAAUAAUGUGACAAUUUCAAACUGAAAAAUAAUCUUGCAUGAUAAAUUCUAUACUAAAAGGCCAUUUCAAAAUUAUAUCUGUAUUUUAAAUAUUGUUAUUUUUAUGGUAAAAAUAAAAGGCUGAUGCUUUGCUGGUUAA